CAGGCGGGGAGGGCCCUGGGUGCGGGUGCGGCGGGGCAGGAAGCGAGGCCGGGCGAGCACCUGCCCGGAGCUUGGCCAGAGUUUCAUCACCGCUCCGCCCCGCCUCUCCCGCAGCCCCAUAAAGAGCCCUGGCGGCGCGGCCGCCGCCACAGCACUCCCUGCCACCACUGCCUUCCUCUCUUCUCCUCUUCAUCAUCUCCUCUUCUUCAUCUCCUCCUCUUCCAGCCGGCGACAUGAGGGCGAUGGACACCGGCCGCCUGCGGGCCCGCAGUCUGCUGCUCUUCCUCGGUUACCUAUUGCAAGCAGUCGCGGGCACAACAGUGAUCCCAUUAUGUGAACCUGGUGAAAUGGAAAACUGCACAACUGCACUAAUCCAAACAGAGAACAGUCCUCGUGUGGCUCAAGUUGGGAUAACCAGAUGCAAGCCCGAAAUGAAAGAUUACUGCUUCCACGGACAGUGCGUGUACAUAGUGGACUUGGAUGAGCACUACUGCAGGUGUGAUGUCGGCUUCUCUGGUGUCCGUUGUGUGCAUUCGGAACUUGUCAGACAACCCCUCAGCACGGAGUAUGUAGCACUGACAGUCAUCCUAAUCCUGCUUUCCCUCAUCGCCAUCUCCAUUGCAAGCUACUACAUCUGCAGAAGGUACCGACACAAGAAGAGACAUACGAACACCAGUGAAUACAAGGAGGUCGGUGCCCUGUAGAAGAAACAAUCGCUUUGUACAGUGUUCUGUUCAUCCGGACAGACUCAGAGUCUUCCCAUCUAUUUAAAUGUUAUUUUUAUUAACAAUAUUUACAAUAUUUAUAUCCUUUUACAAAUUUCAAUUGUUUGGUGAUCCAAUCAGUAUAGGUCAAGCAUUUUAUUUUCAGUGUUUUAUUUUUUUUAUGAAAUAUUUCUUAAUGCGAACCCCACGUAAGUGGUUCUGUGCGAUAGAGAUAUAUUUUUGUAAAAAGUGGUCUUACUCUGAAGAGUAAUUUUAUAUUUAUUCUUGUGAAUAUGUUCAAAACAAUUUUACUCCUUGAAAUAAAAGUUCUAGACAAAGUCAAAA